AUCACAACGCGUUUUGUUGUCCUAACUUUUUCAAUUAUGAACUUUUUUUGAUCAUUGCGACUGUUUCUUGAACUAUUUCUCAUUUUACAGAACUGUUUUUGUGAUUAUAUUUUGGCUGUUGUAAUGUUUUUGUGAAGUGACUUUACGAGUGACAUUUCUGAGGUUUUAACUAAGCAUACAAAGAUGAUGAUGGAUCAGGCACACUUCGGAGAAUAUCUUCUGAGGCAGCAAAUGUUGCACGCCGCGUCUCUGAGUAGUCUACAGCACCGUGUUGGCGCAGACGCAGAACCGCCCGCGUGCGAGGCGCGGCUUCUCAACGGCGAUCUCUGGAGACGUUUCCAUGAUAUCGGCACUGAGAUGAUUAUCACUAAAGGGGGAAGACGCAUGUUCCCAUCGCUGCGUGUAUCUCUCAGCGGUCUCGACCCUCGCGAGGAGUACUGUGUGCUGUUGGAACUAUCAUUGGUUGGGCGUCGGCGUUGGCGUUGGGCGGGUGGAGCAUGGGCGGCCGCUGGAGGUGCUGAACCUCAGUCACCGCGUCGCCUCAUGUUACACCCAGACUCGCCAGCUCCAGGACACCACUGGACAGCGAAUCCUGUAUCAUUCAGCAAGCUUAAACUGACUAAUAACACAAUGGACGCACAAGGCCACAUGGUACUAACGUCCAUGCACAAGUACCGACCACGCGUGUUAGUCGUGCGCGCUCGUGACGCCGCAGCGUUGGCCUGGGGCGCGCCGCACGCCUCAUUUUCAUUCCCUGAGACUGAAUUCAUUGCCGUCACUGCCUACCAGAACGACCGAAUAACGAAGUUGAAAAUCGAUAAUAAUCCCUUCGCAAAAGGUUUCCGCGCGUGCGGUCAAUCAAAAUGCAAAAGGAAGAAUGUCGAACCAGAAAACGGUAGCACUGAAGCACAGAACGAGUCCUCGGACGCCAAACGCCCAUGUUCUGAUGCUGCGUCUUCCUGCUCAGAGGAGGGAAGCCUGCGUUCAUCUUCACCACGGUCGCCACCGCUAGUCGAGUCACCAGCUCCACUUGUCGCUUCGCCCGAGAACAUAACCCCUCCUGAACAUCCUACAUUCUAUCCGCCAGAAUUACCAUACAUGCACCCCUUACAUAUGCCAAUGCCUUUAGGGAUGUGGCCUACGAAUACUAUCCCCGGUGGCUUCUUGGGAUCCUCGUGGAGUUCAGUACCCCCACCGCCCCCCAGUUUUCCGACGCCCUCAAACCCGCCGGCACCUUGUCGACGUAUUAAAAGCUUUACAAUCAGCGCCCUUCUCGGCGAAGGCUGACGACGCUAAAAUAAAUAAACAACGGGCAUUAUUCGCAAUAUUUACAUUGGUUUGUAAAUAUAUUUAGAUAGUUAUUAUUUUGAUGUUACGAGUACUCCCUAAACCUACCUCGAGAACUUAAAACGAUAAGGGUCGAUAUAUUUUGUAUGUGAUAAAAGUGCCUUAAGCAAACUUAAGUAGAUUAAGAAAAAGAUAUACUGAUAUGAGUUAAAUAUAUGUCAUAUAUCAACGUUAUUGCUAGACGA